AUGAAGCAAUGCAGACUAAUGAACGGUGAUCCAGAAUUCAUUGGUGGUUUGGUACCAGGUACAAAGAUUUUCCUAGCCAACUGGAAGACCGUGCCAAUUGAAGUCAUCAAAGUUGGCGAUGAAGUUCUAACCUCUAAUGGAGGUGCGGCAAAAGUCGAGGCUGUGUUAAGAGAUGAUCACCAUGAUUUGGUCACAAUUCGACAAAACACCAGGCACCGCGCACACUUGAAAGAUCCCUCGGUGGAGAAACCUUGGGGCAUAAUCGAAAUUACAUGCUCCAAGAGACAAAAACUGGUCUUGAGCACAAAGCAGAGGAUCAAGAUAUCCAAGAGAGGGCGUAGAGGUUUCAUGGAGGUUUCCGUGUCUCAGCUGGCUGAUCGUCAAACGAAGGAUGGUCGAAUUAUCAAAAUCAUCAAGGAUAAAUCGAGACGGUUCCCUCUGACAGCCGAGAGGUCGGAGAUCAUUGACUACGUAAAGCCAAUGGUCUUGCGGAGCGAGGGAAGAUGCUUCACUUGGCAAUGUGAGGCUGGCGACUUGGUGGAAUACGUUAACAAAAAACGUCAGGCUGGUACCAGGAUGAUCUUACAACCUUUCUCGAUAGAGAUACCAGUAUUGGGGCCAUGGUUGCAACAAUGUUUCGGAAGGAACAUUACUGCAGGGCAGCUUGAAGCCAUGGCAUGGUUGUUAGGGUUCUGGAUUGGUGACGGUUGUAGAGAAGGAGCAAAAUUCGCUUUGAACUCUGAAGAUGACGAUGUCAACACCAGGCUUGAGGAGAAUGCAAAAGUUUGGGGUAUGACUCUCAGAAUGUGGUAUGGGGAGGGCCGUAAGGCAUCAGGAUUCCUUCACACCUAUACUGGCGCGGAACGUCUUUGGAACGUAAACAACCCGCUUGUGAAGGUGCUGGAAGGGUUAAGAUUCUACGAGAAUGGCAAAAGAAAAGAUCGGAAGAACGUUCCACUAUUCAUGCGAACAGAAGAAAUAGUGGUGCGUGAAGCGUUUCUCGCAGGGCUAAUAGAUUCUGAUGGAUAUUGCGAUAUCCAAGACGGGUCUAUUCGUGUGAUAAUUCCGACUGCUUACCCGCCUAUUAGAGACGGCAUGAGGUCCAUAGGCCGUUCUCUUGGUUUGAAUGUCUCCACCAGUUUCCGUGGCGCUCACUUUUAUGAACGUCAUGGACAAAAUAAGAGUGAUACAUGGACUUUCUACUUAUCUGGUGGGACAAAUGAUGAAACACUCAGGUCGAUACUGAACAGAUGCUCCUGUGAAAGGAAGCGAAACCCGAAAAUCCAGUACUGCACGAACACGGACUUUGAGGAAUUUGAUUCCGAUUACCAAUCGGAGGAAAAUGAAAAUGAUCCUGAGGACAAUGACGAUCUAUCAGGUAUAAGGGAGGGCUUUGAAGAUGAUCUUGAAGAUGAUCCGGAAGAACAACAAGAUGGCACAUUCAAUUUUGGCAAGUUCAGGUUUGAAAUUAUCCCAGGUCGUAAAGAUGCUGUCAUAGGACUGGUACUGUCGGGUACCUCUAACCGAACUUUUGUCACGGAUGAUCAGAUUGUAUGUGCAAGUGCCGAAUUGAGUACGGAAAGACUUGAAUCAAGACCGUAUUUCAGAAGGAGGUGCCUAUCAUGCCGUACAGAAACGACACCAAAGUGGUGCAAGGUUCCCUGGUUGGGGUAUGUUCUAGACAGGAUAUGCCUCGCUUGUUCGACACGUUAUUCGCGCACUCAUAUGCGUUGUAGUAACGAUCUCUGCAACUGGGUCUUCAGGCUCAGAGUUCAAAAGGGAAAAAAGCCCAGAUGCAAGAAAAGGCAAGUUGCAAAGAUCGUUACUCGCCAAUGUGAGCGAUGUGGAAGUACUCCGUUGCAAGAGGGAAAUCCCUAG